AAAAAGGAAGACCUUGCCAAAAGAGACCUUUCCAGCCGGCGUCAUCAUAAAAGCUAACUCGAAAGGAUGGAUGAAGAAAAGAUGAGCGAGUGGUUAAGGUAAGUUUAAGUUUACGCGAAGAGGCCGGGUGGCUUUUUUCACGCAGCUCUGUCCAUGUUGAUAUACGACUCCAUGCGCGCCCACAUCACGCUGGUUUUAAUAUAUUAUUAAAGUUUGACUGACCUAUUUGACUGUUUUUUUGACAUUCCUUUAGCGCAGUUAGAUGCGGCUUACAACACGGGGCGGCUUAUAGGUGGACAAAGUUUUGAAAUAUGCCGUUCAUUGAAGGCGCGGCUUUUAACCCAGGGCGCCUUAUGGUGCGGAAAAUACGGUACAUAGGUCUGGUGAUAAUGUUCCCCUCUAAUAAAGAGAUUGAAUGCGCUUCCAUGGCUGUCAUAUCUUCUUGUCAACAAACGGGGUAUUGUUUGGAUGGUAAGCUUGUCACGUCAAUCAUUGAUUUGUUGUUCAUUAUUCCCGUUGCGUGCGUAUGUUGUCGUCGUCUGCUGUGUCACAGUGUGAUGUCGCCUCUUUCCUUUGCUUGUCUUGCAGAAAGUGCAGAAAUACGAGGGGAGAUCGGAGGGAAUGUGACUUUUACUUGCCCUGUGGAUGAAGGAGAGAACAUUACUUUCUUCUACCUUCAGAAGAAUGGUGUCUUUGUAAAUGGCUUCCAUCGUGAUCACGAUCUCGAAGAGGCAUGGAACAACACCAGGGUGGUGAAAGGCAUAACCAUAGUAGAAAUGUUUCACUUGAACGCCUCACACAACGGGGAGUACCAGUGCAUCAUUUCAUACGAAGAAGGCAGCGUUCCUGAAACUACAAAAAUACACCUCAUUGUCACAGCCAACUACAGCACGCCGACAUUCAACAAGUCCCGUGUGGACGACGUCUGCCACGUGAGCUGCGCCACAGACGGCGGUUAUCCCUGCACCAAUCUGACGUUGGACUGUGUUGACUGCGGCGACAUCGCAUUGGAUGUUCGAAGUGGCCCUAACCAGCCCGACCCCAACACCGGCUUGUGGCGCCUUUCCAGCGAGGCGUCCUACGACUGCUCCGAUGGGGAAAGAAAGCUGGGAUGUUCCGCGAGUGGCGUCACAGCGUAUUGUGAUCCAGAUGUGGACUCAUAUCAUAAUCGGGUUGUGAUCGGCGUGAGUCUCUUUGCUGGGGUGCUCAUUGUUGGGGUGCUCAUUGGGAUUUGGAAACAACGCCAAAUAAAAAAAGCUUGGGACCGAUGGUGCUGCCGUCAACCAUCAGCCGUCAACCAUCUACUUCCAAUUUGCAUGAGACCGAUGAUGAGGAAAGACCGCCAUGGCUGACAGCGCUGCUUUUUAAAGACCCUACUGGAGAGACCUGUGUGAAGUUGGCCGAAAAACUGGUCUCUCUCAGCCCAUCCCCAAUACUACACUGAUGUCCUCUGUUGGUACAAAAGUGCCUUAGACUCUUUCUCCGAUUACUCUCCCUUCAUGGAUUCUGGUACCAGUGACCCCAACACCCUGUUCUCUGCCAUCAAGACAUCCUACAAACCCAGUGCCAAUAUCAUCUGAUCAGUCACGAGCAACAACUGGAACUCCUACCUCUCUUUCUUUAAUACCAAAGGUAUUUACAGAACUCUAGACACUCCACACAUUCUCCCUUUCCUUCUACUGCCUGGUUUAGAACUACUCAAGUCCUCUCCCGGUUUUCCAUGGUCACGCAAUCUUCAAACGCUUGGAAAACUCAAGCUUUUUACCUGAACAUCCAGCUUCAUCUCCCCAUCAAUCAAUCAAUCAAUCACCAGUGCCUCAAAGGGCUUCGCAAACCACAACGAGAUCCGGGGCAAGUGAAAACUCCAAAAGCCCAAGACGGGACAAAGAAGACACCUUGGGAAAGGGGCCGUAGACGUGGGGAAGGUCUCCUGGCUGCAAUGGAUGCCGAGUCGGUACAGUUGGUCGUAGGAGGUCUUCGUCCAUCUUCACCAACUGAUGCGUGGAGGUGUGGUCCAGUCAGGACUCGCCAUCACCCCCGAUUCUGAAGACUCAUCGCUUGUCCCCGCAAUUUCCCACUCUGUCUUUCUUGCCUACCCAGUGGCCUAGUGGUUGGAGUGUCCGCCCUGAGAUUGGUAGGUUGUGAGUUCAAAUCCCGGCCGAGUCAUACCAAAGACUAUAGUCCAACUUUAGACCAAUUGAUCUGCCAGUUUGGUGGCCACGGAUGAAGCGCCGGCUGUCCAAAGUCGGGACCCAGCGUCGGUUGGGGACGUCUCUGCGCUGCUGACCUGUCUCCGCUCGGGAUGGUCUCCUGCUGGCCCCACUAUGGACUGGACUCUCACUAUUAUGUUAGAUCUACUAUGGACUAGACUCUCACUAUUAUGUUAGAUCCACUAUGGACUGGACUCUAACUAUUAUGUUAGAUCUACUAUGGACUAGACUCUCACUAUUAUGUUACAUCCACUAUGGACUGGAUUCUCACAAUAUUAUGUUAGAUCCACUAUGGACUGGACUCUCACUAUUAUGUUACAUCCACUAUGGACUGGACUCUCACACUAUUAUGUUACAUCCACUAUGGACUGGACUCUCACUAUUAUGUUAGAUCUACUAUGGACUGGACUCUCACUAUUAUGUUAGAUCCACUAUGGACUGGACUCUAACUAUAAUGUUAGAUCUACUAUGGACUAGACUCUCACUAUUAUGUUACAUCCACUAUGGACUGUAUUCUCACUAUUAUGUUAGAUCCACUAUGGACUGGACUCUCACUAUUAUGUUAGAUCCACUAUGGACUGCACUCUCACACUAUUAUGUUAGAUCCACUAUGGACUGGACUCUCACUAUUAUGUUAGAUCCACUAUGGACUGGACUCUCACACUAUUAUGUUACAUCCACUAUGGACUGGACUCUCACACUAUUAUGUUAGAUCCACUAUGGACUGGACUCUCACACUAUUAUGUUACAUCCACUAUGGACUGGACUCUCACUAUUAUGUUAGAUCCACUAUGGACUGGACUCUCACACUAUUAUGUUAGAUCCACUAUGGACUGGACUCUCACUAUUAUGUUAGAUCCACUUUGGACUGGAUUCUCACUAUUAUGUUAGAUUCACCAUGAACUGGACUCUCACUAUUAUGUUAGAUCCACUAUGGACUGGACUCUCACACUAUUAUGUUAGAUCCACUCGACGUCCAUUGCACCGGUCGCCCUGGGGGUGGGGUCCCCACAUUUGCGGUCCUCUCCAAGGUUUCUCAUUGUCCCAUUGGGUUGAGUUUUUCCUUGCCCGUCGUGGCUUGUGCAGCCCUUUGAGACACUGGUGAUUUAGGGCUAUAUAAGUAAACAUUGAUUGAUUGAAGACUAUAAGAAUGGGAGCCGGUGGUUGGGGACCACUGAUCUACAUCAACUAUAUGACUUGCCAGAGUAGCUGGACAGGACAAAAAAAAAAGACACAAAUUAGCCUUCAUACUUUUGAGCCAAUAUUAAGCUAUACAUGAAGCUAGAACGCACGUCUACAACACUACAUACAUCUAGUGGAGCAAUACUGGGACCAAAACCAUUCAAUCUUGAUAUAAAGGACAUUUGUAAAGUUACCAAAGUAGUGUUACGUGUAUAUAACCUGCGAGCCAAGAAUGUCCGACAAGUAUCAAGAGAAGAAUAUCAUCUUGGAGGGGGAAAAAAAGUGUUUUAAAACAUCUGUAUGCACGAACAACACUGAAACAUUGAGCAUUACAGCGGGAAGGAAAGGGUCGACGCACAAUGAAUGCACUGAUGUGACCUGUCAUGUCUGUGUAAUCAUGUUUUGUUUACUUAUUGGACUCUUUAGUUUCUGGCUUUUCACUCCCUUGUCUUGUUUCCAUGAUUACCCCAUUAGUUUCACCUGUUCCACGUUUGGACUCAUUGUGCACUCUUGUUUGUCACCAUAGCAACCCAUUAGUUUUCACCUGUCACGUCACGCACCUGUUUCACGUUUUGAGCCACGCACCUGUUUUCGUUAAUCAUGUCUGUAGUAUUUAAGUUCAUUGUUUUCAGUUUGUCUUGCUGGUGACAUCCCCACAUUUAUGCCCUGCACAUUUCUGACACUUUUUUCACGUCCAUCGUUCACGCUGCUCCUUUUUGUCCAUGCCAAGUACCGUAUUUUCCGCACCAUAAGCCGCCCUGGGUUAUAAGCCGCGCCUUCAAUGAACGGCAUAUUUCAAAACUUUGUCCACCUAUAAGCCGCCCCGUGUUGUAAGCCGCUUCUAACUGCGCUAAAGGGAAUGUCAAAAAAACAGUCAGAUAGGUCAGUCAAACUUUAAUAAUAUAUUAAAAACCAGCGUGAUGUGGGCGCGCAUGGAGUCGUAUAUCAACAUGGACGGAGCUGCGUGAAAAAAGCCACCCGGCCUCUUCGCGUAAACUUCCCUUUACCACUCGCUCAUCUUUUCUUCAUCCAUCCAUCCCUUCGAGUUAGCUUUUAUGAUGACGCCGGCUGGAAAGGUCUCUUUUGGCAAGGUCUUCCUUUUGAAUAUCACCAUGGGUGGAAGUUUCUGGCCAUUAGCAUGGCAAGCUAGAACCACAGUGAAGGAUGACUUCUCAUUCCCUGUGGUGCGAAUAUUCACCGUACGUGCUCCCGUUGUAUCCACAGUGCGGUUCACAGGAAUAUCAAAAGUCAGUGGAACCUCGUCCAUGUUGAUAAUGUUCUCUGGCCGGAUCUUUUUUUCAGCUAUCUUGUUUUUACAAUAUGCACGGAAAGUAGCCAGCUUUUCUUGAAAGUCUUUAGGCAGUUGCUGUGAAAUAGUAGUCCGUGUGCGGAUGGAGAGAUUGCGUCUUUUCAUGAACCGGAUCCCUGUCGCUUAGUAGGAGCCAUUUUGUGGUCUUUACAAAUGUAAACACACAAAGGAAAUGAAACGUAAUAUCCGCGCGCUUUUUCUUCUUCUACGCGGGCGGGUGGUUGCUUACAGUAGACGAAGAAGCGCUUCCUGUUCUAUGGGGGCGGGUGCUUACCUUGGCGGUUGCUUGCGUAGAAGAAGAAGCACUUCCUCUUCUACGGGGAAAAAAGAUGGCGGCUGUUUACCGUAGUUGCGAGACCGAAACUUUAUGAAAAUGAAUCUUAAUAUUAAUCCAUAUAUAAAGCGCACCGGGUUAAAAGCCGCACUGUCAGCUUUUAACUAAAUUUGUGGUUUUUAGGUGCGGCUAAUAGUGCGGGAAAUACGGUACCCAUUAGUUUCACCUGUUCCACGUUUGGACUCAUUGUGCACUCUUGUUUGUCACCAUAGCAACCCAUUAGUUUUCACCUGUCACGUCACGCACCUGUUUCACGUUUUGAGCCACGCACUUGUUUUCGUCAAUCAUAUUGACUGGUGCUUUUAGAUCUGUCUGCUGCGUUCGACACCGUCGACCACGCCACCUUAAUCACUCGUCUUGAGAACUGUGUGGGCAUUAAGGGCGCCGCCCUCAACUGGUUCCGGUCGUACCUAACCGACAGGAGUUUUUGUGUAAAAGUAGACAGUUUUAUGUCGUCCACAGCUCCUUUACCACAUGGGGUCCCCCAGGGUUCAAUCCUUGCCCCAAUUUUAUUUGCGCUUUACCUUCUCCCCCUUGGUUCUAUUUUUAGGAAGUACAGUAUUGCAUUUCAUUUUUAUGCCGAUGAUUGCCAGAUUUAUUUUCCCAUGGCACAAAAUAACACGGUUCAAAGUCUUAUUGACUGCCUGCACGACAUCAAAGUCUGGCUUUCAGCUAACUUCCUGAGCCUAAAUGAAGACAAAACAGAAGUUAUGUUGUUCGGUCCAAGUCGCUCUCCCUCCCCCAACGUUGACCUCGGCACUCUGACCCCGUAUCUCAGCGACUCUGUCACAAACCUGGGGGUAAAGUUUGACUCAGAUUUUAAAUUCGAAAAACAAAUCAGCAGCGUCGUUCAAAAAAGCUUUUAUCAAUUACGCCAAAUAGCGAAAGUGAA